AUGCGAUUGCCAAAAAUGAAUGUUCGUAAAAUUCUUAAAAUAUAUCAAACGCUUCUUAAUAAGCGCCCGUAUUUAGUUCAAGCUGUCCAAACGGGAACUCUAAUGGGUGCUGGCGAUUUUAUAUCUCAAACUGUAAUAGAAAAGAAAUCUGUUAAAUAUGUUGAUUAUAAGAGAACCCUCAGAUUUUCCUCAAUCGGAUUUUUUGUAGGUGGUCCAGCUUUGAGAGCCUGGUAUGGAUUUUUAAAUAAAUAUAUAGGCUCAAAGGGUAAAGCAGUGGCGAUAAAGAAGGUGUUUGUAGAUCAGUUUAUUUUUGCUCCUACAUUUCUUUUAUUUAUUCUAGCUUCUGUGGGUAUAAUGCAAGGCAAAGCUUUAGAAAAUAUAGAAAAUGAUAUUAAGUACAAUUAUUUAGAUGUAUUAAAAACAAACUAUUACAUUUGGCCACUAGUACAAAUUAUAAAUUUUUAUUAUGUUCCAUUACAAUAUCAAGUUUUAAUUGUUCAAACAGUAGCUCUGUUCUGGAAUACCUAUUUGUCGUGGAAAACAAAUAGAAAUGGUUUGAUACAGUAA